AUGGACCUGGAAGAGCCUCGACUGGUGCUCGACCUGCGACCAUCGUCAGCAUUCCACCAAGCACAUCUCGUCGGAUCCUAUCACAUAUCGCCCAUCUCGGAACUCAAGUCUCGAUAUAGCUACCUUCCACCGCGAAAUGUUGCUUUCCUCGUCCUGGCUGAUCACGAUCAACACGACGAAGCAGCAGAGGCUUUCUCUUCCAUUCCAUCAGCAAGGCUGAUCUAUCUCACCUCUCAAGAACCGGCAUCUGAACCGACUACAUCUAGCAAUCUCGUAUCUCACCGCAGCUUCUUCGACUCCGCACGGAGCUUAGGCCUGCUGCGCUCCUCUUUCUCGCACCAAGAGCGUAUCACUGCCAGGCUCGAGAAAGACAAAGCGGAUACCAGCCGAGACGAUGUGCCGGAGCUGCUCUUUCGUCCGUCAAAUGCUGUUCGAAGGACAGUCUCCUCUUUGGAGGCCGAUUCGAGCCAGAGAAGUUCACUCAAUGUGUUGGACUUGGGUUGUGGCGCAGCCAGGGACCUAGCGUGGAUUCUGCACGGCUCGCGUACUCGCAGCGCUUCUACCACCUGGACCGGCGUCGGCGUCGACAAUUGGAAAGCAGCUCUCCAUCGUGCUGACCAGCUCAUGGACGAUCUGCUCCUGAGCUCCAGUUCACAAAGCGAUAUGCAUGGCUCGCAAUCCAUCCCACGCUGCGACAAGCUUUUGUGGGCCAAAUGCAGCGACGAUGGCUUUCUCGAGCCGCUUCUAGGCACAGGCAAAGGCAGAUCGAUACAGACAGCCGCAGAUAUUCCAGAGCUGUGGCAGACUUGCCAUCAGCUUGGACUUGCACCCCUCCUCCCUGGCACGCCUGACAUCUACAGGGAACAGUCCAAGUUCGACCUCGUUCUCAGCGUCCGCUUUCAUCCACGAGCUCUCCUUCCUCGUCUGUCGCGCAUUGUCCGAGCGGGCGGCAUCAUCUUGCUCAGCCACUUUGUCACUCUUUCGGACGCCCAACGCAUCGCAGCGAGACGGGCCUACCCAGAAGCAAUCAUCGACUAUGUUUCACCGCCGCAAGCAGGGCGCAUCCAGCCCGGCGAGAUCGAGUGUCUGCUCCAGACUUGGACUGCAACCGAAGCAGGUGGUCACAGCUGGGUCAUCGAUGCCGAUGUUUUGGAGCCGAUCGAAGAUGGAAGAAUCAUCAGAAGCGUCGCUCUUCGGAAACUUGCCGUGUAG